CCCUGGCGUUCAUACGUUGGCUAUCUCCACCUGCUCAGACGAUAGUUGAUUCAGUUUGUGGAAAGACGAGAGACGCGUACGAAACUUGUGUGUAAAUAAUAGCGCUUAAUUUUUGGUGACAAUUUUGUGCUGUUUCGAGGAACGGAUUUGUCGGAUCUUUGAGCGGUCGCAGCUGCUGCAAUAAUGGCCAAUUUUGGGUUUGAGAACGACAUCCACAACGUCCUCCGCCUGGACAUGCCUAUCACAAACGCCCCGAUGGCGAGGUGGCAAAGAAAAGCCAGCACAUCCAGCUCCUCAAACUCCCUCUCACCGAACAAGAGCGUCAACAGAUCCGUAAGCCUUUCAAAAACCCCCAGCAAAACCCCAGGAAAGAACGGCAAAACCCAGAACACCCCCUCUAAGGCAGGAGGAGAUCGAUUCAUCCCAACGAGAAAUAACAAACAGUUAGAUGUAGCAAGUUUUCUUAUUUCCAAAGAAAACGAGCCUGUGGAAGAAGCUGCAUCCUCCACAACAACAAACCAAAAAGCAUGGUCCGUGACGCUAAAUGGAUAUGACAUUGAGGAAGCGAAGAUCUUGCAUUUAGGAGGAAAACCACUAAAUGCUCCUGAAGGUUAUCAGAAUAAUUUAAAGGUUCUCUACAGCCAGGUGCCCACACCGGCCUCGGUCAAGAAGAGCCGGUACAUUUCCUCAGUUCCAGAGCGAAUUCUAGACGCCCCUGAUAUCAAAAAUGACUUCUACCUGAACCUGAUGGAUUGGGGAAGGCAGAACUUCUUGGCAGUUGGCCUUGCAAACUAUGUGUAUUUGUGGGAUGCUGCUGCAGGUGACAUUGUUUUAUUGAAGAAAAUGGAGGAUGAUAAUGAGUACAUCUGCUCUGUCUCUUGGAGCAAAGAUGGGAAUUUCUUGGCAGUUGGGACGAGUGAUUGUAAAGUUGAGUUAUGGGAUGUUCAGUACCAAAAGCGACUCCGCAGCAUGGAUGGCCAUUCAGCAAGGGUUGGUUGCUUGUGUUGGAACGAUCACAUUUUGUCUAGUGGCUCAAGGUCUGGUUUGAUUUAUCAGCAUGAUGUUCGGGUAGCAGACCACCACAUCUUCACCUUCGGGGGACACACUCAGGAAGUCUGUGGCCUAACCUGGUCUCCAGAUGGGAAAUAUUUAGCUAGCGGUGGUAAUGACAACACGGUGUAUAUUUGGCCAAUGACAACCGGUUCGGAGUAUCAAGCCGUCCAUGCUUUUAAUGAACACCAGGGAGCUGUCAAGGCUUUGGCAUGGUGCCCUUGGCAGCCUAACAUCCUUGCAUCAGGAGGGGGCACCAGUGAUCGGCACAUUCGAAUCUGGAAUGCAAACAGUGGCUCUUGCAUCAAUGCCUUCGAUACUUGUUCACAGGUGUCAUCUCUUGUUUUUGCACCAAAUUACAAAGAGUUGGUGUCUGGUCAUGGUUUUGCUCAUGAAAAGGUUAUCAUCUGGAAAUACCCCUCACUCACUAAAGUUGCGGAGCUUGAAGGACAUGAAGACCGGAUUCUCAACUUGGCACUCAGCCCAGAUGGAUCGACUGUGGCUUCUGUUGCUGCUGAUGAAACCAUUAGACUUUGGAAGAGCUUUGAAAAGGAUGCUGUCAAGAAACCCAAGCCUACCAGCAGCAUCAUUCAGCAACAUAUUCGAUAACUACGAAAUGGUCCCUUUAAUGCAAACAGGGAGUUGUGUAUAUGAGUUGAUCUGAAGCAGUUUCUCUGUUUGUUAGAACUUCCCUUUUGGUUUUAUUGUUUUUGGCUUUCAAAGGACUUGGCAAUUCCAUUCUUACACACUGGCUGUUACAUGCUUUCAGUCUCCCACAAGCUCUACGCUAAGUUCUGUUAGGCACUCCCUUGUGUUUUCAGAGGCACAAUGGGUUUCUAAAAAUGGAAAAAUCCUGAGCAUGGCUGGUAAAUGGGUUUCCCAGAAAACAACCACCUUUUUGAAAGCUAAUCUUGGUUUUUAUUCAAGUUCCUGCAUAUUUAACCUUAAAUGUGAUCAUUAAAUUAUGUACAGAAAUGUAAUUUUCAAAUAAAGUUUUUGUAAGGAAGCAUUUGCUUCCCUUUUGACAAUG